AUGCGGACUCCGGGAACCAUCGGAGCGGCCCUCGCCCGCUUCGGCGUGUCGCGGUCGCUGCUCGCCGGAGCGCACCUCCACUCCCACCUACUCAAGUCCGGCCUUCUCGCCGUCUUCAGCAACCACCUCCUCUCUUUCUACUCCAGAUGCCGCCUCCCGAGCGCCGCACGCGCCGUGUUCGACGAAAUCCCCGACCCGUGCCACGUCUCCUGGUCCUCGCUGGUCACCGCCUACUCCAACAACGGCAUGCCGCGGGACGCACUCUGGGCGUUUCGGGCCAUGCGCGAGCGCGGCGUCCCGUGCAACGAGUUUGCGCUCCCCGUCGUGCUCAAGUGCGUGCCGGACGUCUGGUUCGGCGCGCAGGUGCACGCGCUGGCUGUGGCCACGAGGCUCGUCCAGGACGUCUUCGUCGCCAACGCACUUGUGGCCAUGUAUGGCGGGUUCGGCAUGGUGGACGAGGCCAGGAGGAUGUUCGACGAGUCUGGAGGCGAGAGGAACGCCGUUUCUUGGAACGGCAUGAUAUCGGCGUACGUCAAGAACGACCGGUGCAGGGAUGCCAUCGGGGUGUUCCGAGAAAUGGUGUGGAGUGGGGAGCGGCCGAACGAGUUCGGGUUCUCGUGUGUAGUGAACGCGUGCACAGGAUCAAGGGAUUGGGAGACUGGGAGGCAGGUGCACGGCAUGGUGGUGAGGACGGGAUAUGACAAGGAUGUGUUCACAGCAAAUGCUCUGGUUGACAUGUACUCAAAGCUGGGAGACAUUGAAAUGGCAGCGGUGGUUUUUGAGAAGAUGCCUGCAGCAGACGUUGUCUCAUGGAAUGCUUUGAUUGCUGGGUGUGUAACUCAUUGGCAUGAUCACCGUGCACUGGAGCUGCUACUACAGAUGAAGUCUUUAGGAGUGGUGCCCAAUGUGUUCACGUUAUCUAGUGUUCUGAAGGCUUGUGCUGGUGUUGGUGCAUUCAAUUUGGGCCAGCAAAUCCAUGGGUUUAUGAUCAAGGCUGAUGCAGAUUCUGAUGAGUUUGUCGCUGUUGGCCUUGUUGACAUGUACGCAAAGGAUGGAUUCUUGGAUGACGCGAGGAAGGUGUUUGAUUUCAUGCCCCGAAGGGAUUUGAUUUUAUGGAAUGCACUGAUCUCAGGCUGCUCCCAUGACGGACGGCAUGGUGAGGUGCUAUCACUCUUUCACAGGAUGAGAAAGGAGGGACUUGACCUUGAUGUCAAUAGGACGACACUGGCUGCUGUUCUCAAGUCAACAGCUAGCUUGGAAGCAAUCUGUCACACAAGACAGGUUCAUGCUCUUGCAGAAAAGAUAGGGCUCCUAUCUGACUCUCAUGUCAUCAAUGGGCUUAUUGAUUCAUACUGGAAGUGUGAUCGACUCGAUUAUGCAAUUAAGGUUUUCGAAGAAAGCUGUUCUGAUGACAUUAUAUCUUCUACAUCCAUGAUGACAGCUCUCUCACAGUGCGACCAUGGUGAGGAUGCAAUAAAGCUGUUUGUGCAGAUGUUAAGAAAAGGCCUUGAACCUGAUUCUUUUGUACUAAGUAGCCUCCUGAAUGCUUGUGCUAGUCUGUCAGCCUAUGAACAAGGGAAGCAAGUGCAUGCUCAUCUGAUUAAGAGGCAGUUCACAUCAGAUGUGUUUGCAGGGAAUGCUCUUGUGUACACUUAUGCAAAGUGCGGGAGCAUAGAGGAUGCAGACAUGGCAUUCUCUCGCCUGCCGGAGAGGGGAGUUGUCUCAUGGUCUGCAAUGAUUGGAGGGCUUGCACAACAUGGACAUGGGAAGAGAGCAUUGGAAUUGUUCCAUAGAAUGCUCGAUGAGGGCGUUGCCCCAAACAACAUCACGUUGACCAGUGUUCUCUCUGCUUGUAACCAUGCCGGGCUUGUUGAUGACGCAAAGAAAUACUUUGAAUCUAUGAAGGAGACGUUUGGAAUUGACAGGACUGAGGAACAUUACGCAUGCAUGAUUGAUAUUCUUGGUCGUGCAGGGAAACUAGAGGAUGCUCUGGAGCUUGUCAACAACAUGCCAUUCCAAGCAAAUGCUGCAGUUUGGGGCGCACUUCUAGGAGCCUCAAGAGUACACCGAGAUCCAGAGCUGGGAAGGAUGGCAGCUGAGGAGCUCUUCACCCUAGAGCCUGAGAAGUCUGGCACACAUGUCCUGCUUGCAAACACUUAUGCUUCAGCAGGCAUGUGGGAUGAAAUGGCUAAGGUGCGGAAGUUAAUGAAAGACAGUAAUGUCAAGAAGGAGCCUGCCAUGAGCUGGGUUGAGAUAAAGGACAAGGUGCAUACUUUUAUUGUUGGCGACAAGAGCCAUCCAAGGACAAGAGAUAUAUAUGGAAAGCUAGCUGAAUUGGGAGAUCUGAUGAACAAAGCUGGUUAUGUUCCAGAUGUGGAGGUUGAUCUGCACGAUGUAGACAGAAGUGAAAAGGAGCUGCUUCUUUCUCACCACAGUGAGAGGCUGGCCGUUAUGCUUAUGCUUGAUCAGCACCCCAUCUGGGGCCCCAAUCAGAGUCAAGAAGAAUCUGCGCAUAUGCAGAGACUGCCAUGUUGCAUUCAAGUUUAUUUCAAAGAUCGUUUCAAGGGAGAUUAUCAUCAGAGAUAUCAACCGGUUCCAUCAUUUCACAGAUGGGACAUGUUCUUGCGGUGA